UGCCGCUCCCCUCCGCUCAGCCUCUUGCUUUGCGCGGCUCGGCCCGGCCCGGCCCGGCUCCCGUGGGCUCGGGAGCGCUCGGCUGGCUCCGGCCCGGCUCGGCUCGGGUGCGCUCGGGUCGGAGCGCUCGGCUGUCUCGGGGCCGGCUCGGCUCUGUUCGGCUCGGCUGGCUUCGGCCCGGCUCGGCUCUCUUCGGCUCGGGAGCGCUCGGCUGUCUCGGGCCCGGCUCGGCUCUCUUCGCCUCGGGCGGUCUCGGCUGACUCCGGCUCGGCUCGGCUCGGCUCGGGAGCACUCGGCUGUCUCGGGGCCGGCUCGGCUCUCUUCGCCUCGGCUGGCUUCGAGCCGGCUCGGCUCUCUUCGGCUCGGGAGCGCUCGGCUGUGUCGGGCCCGGCUCGGCUCUCUUCGGCUCGGUGAUGUGGCGCAGGCGCGGGUUGCGCGCGCAGGCGCGGUGCGCGGCGGCGCGAUGAACCCCCUGACCAAGGUGAAGCUGAUCAAUGAGCUGAACGCGCGGGAGGCGGAGCUGGGGGUGCAGGACGCGGUUUCCUGGCACGCGGAGUACAAGGACAGCGCCUGGAUCUUCAUCGGCGGGCUGCCCUACGAGCUGACCGAGGGGGACGUCAUCUGCGUCUUCUCGCAGUACGGGGAGGUGGUCAACAUCAACCUGGUGCGGGACAAGAAGACUGGCAAGUCCAAAGGCUUCUGCUUUCUGUGCUAUGAGGACCAGAGGAGCACCAUUCUUGCAGUUGACAACUUCAAUGGGAUCAAGAUCAAAGGAAGGACGAUCCGAGUGGACCACGUGGCCAACUAUCAGCCCCCCAAGGACUCCGAUGACUUAGACGAGGUCACCAGAGCCCUCCACGCGAAGGGCUGUGGGGUCAGAACGCCGCCUCAUACCUCGUCCGAUUCCCCAUCAGAAGAUGAUGAUGUGCCCGUAACAAAGCAGAAAGGUAAGGAGAAAAGCAGCCAGCAAGGACAGAGUUCAAAGGCUGUGAAGAGGGCGGUGUCUGCCGAGGAGGCGCAUCCCAGAGUCAAGAUUAAGAAGGAGAAGGAGGAUCCUGCCUAUGAGCGCUGCGCCGGCGGGAGCCAGCAGUCCUGGCGGGGCUGUGAGGGGAAGCCCCCGAGCAGGGCACAGCGGGAAGAGGAGGAGGAGGAGAGGAGGCACCAGAGGUCUGCAGAGAGAAGAGGAGAAAAGAGCUACCGGGACCAGAGAGGCCACAGCAGUUCAUGGGAAGAGAGGGAGAGGAGGGAGGAGGCCGGCAGGAAGGGCAGCGGGCACGGCAGCCGGCGGGAGGAGCCUUCCGAGGGAGGCCGGUCCCGGGAGCGCAGGGACAGGGAGCCCCACGGCAGGCACAGCCACCGCGGCUCCCCGAGGAGCUCCCGCCGCUGCUGAGCCCUGGGCUGGGCGCUGGGGGGCUGGGAGAGCCCCAGACUCCCCAGACCCUGCUGGGGCUACUGCAGCUGCACCCUCUGCUGCCUCCCUGGGGCUUUCUCGUUCCCCCUUUGGUCAGGGUUCACUGAGAGAGAGUUUGGUUGUUGCCUCCCUCCCUCUCUGCAGCGUGGGACGUGCAGGCACUGGGAUGCUGCAGGGUUGGGACCAACAAUGUUUGGUUUAGUUUAAAAUGCAUUUUAAUAAACCUGUUGGGUA